AUGACAGUUGGCGACGUUUUUAACAUUGACGUGCUGGUGUCUCUUCUUCGGCAAGAGAAUGCUGUAGACAUGUGCGUGAUCCGUGUGCCGAAAGAGCUCAAAUACGCGGAGCAUUUCAUCGUCAUCAGUGGUUCAUCAACAAGGCAUCUCACGGCUAUGGCUCUAUAUGCCAUCAAAGUGUACAAGUUUAUGAAAAGAGACUGUGAUCCGAACGCGCUCAUAGAGGGCAGGGAUGCUGAGGCCUGGAUGUGCAUCGACUUUGGUGCUAUUGUAGUGCACUUCAUGCUGCCCGAGACCAGAGAAGUCUACGAGCUGGAGAAACUCUGGACCCUGCGGUCUUAUGAUGAACAGCUGAGGGACAUUCCUCCACAAAUGUUCCCUGCUGACUUCAUCUUUGAUGCUGAAACCAAGUAG